AUGCUGAGUAAAACCACUGCCAAGUAUCCCCUUACGAGAGUCGAAGUUAAAACGUUCACGAUACACUCUGGUCUCGUGGGAGAAUCGUUAGACAAUGUGAUACUUGGACAGCUACCGAAACGAAUAAUAGUUGGCUUUGUUGAUAACAAAGCGUUUAACGGCGACAGAAAAUUAAACCCGUUUAACUUUAAGAAUUACGGCAUAAAUUUCCUUUCGCUUUACGCUGACGGAAUGCAGAUUCCAAGUAGACCGUUACAGCCGAGCUUUAAGAAAGACGAACCGCUCUACAUCGAAGCGUAUCACACUCUCUUUUCCGGAACAGGCAUACAUUUUUUGAACGAGGGAAAUUCUAUAAGCAGAGACGAUUACUCUAACGGAUAUUGCCUCUUCGCUUUUGAUCUUACACCCGAUCUAUCGGCUAAUUGUGCUGGGCAUUGGAAUCUCGUGAAACAUGGAAGCUUACGACUAGAAGUGAGAUUUGAAAAGGCACUUACCGCGACCGUUAAUUGCAUCGUGUAUGCCGAGUUCGAUAAUGUUCUAGAAAUCGAUUCAUCUCGGCAAGUCAUAGUCGAUUUUUCUGGAUAG